AUGGAUUCCACAGGAUUGGCAGUUCCCCACGGGGAUAUCGCGGUCUCCGUCAAAGUCAUCGACGUCGCUUCUAUAGCAGGAGUAUCCUGCAAGAAUCUGUUCACUCCUCAUAUCGACGGCAUCAACACCUUCCGCCCAUCACCGGCGCUUUCCUUCUUGCUAGAACACCCAUCUGGCAAGAAAUAUCUUUUCGACCUUGGCGUUCCGGCAGAUCUCGACACACUUGGCCAGGAGAUCGCCAAGCGGCUGAAAAACGUCAGCUACCAGAUUGAGGCCAAAGACCCUGCCAGCGUGUUGGCUGCGAAUGGUAUCCCACCAGAGAGUAUCUCCGGUGUCAUGUGGAGCCAUUGCCAUUGGGAUCAUAAGGGCGACAUGAAGACCCUCCCUGCUUCAACAGAGCUCAUUCUUGGCCCUGGCUCAACGGACCACUUCAUCAAGGGCAGCGGUAAUUCAGGACUUGGCGGCAUCAACCCUCGCGAUAUUGAGGGGCGACCCGUUCGCGAAAUCGAUUUCAAGAACAACGCUAAUUGUAGGAUUGGUCGCUUUCCAGCCGUCGACUUCUUCGAGGACGGCUCUCUCUAUCUCCUCGACACGCCUGGCCACGAGGUCGGGCAUAUAUGUGCUCUCGUCAGGACGACUCUCCACCCUCCAACAUUUGUGCUGUUGGGUGGUGAUACCGCACACCAUGGGGCUGAGUUUCGCCCGUCGCGAUACGCACCGUUACCGCCAGAAAUUCUUCCGCAUCCCAUCACCGGGUCCGAAGAGAAAGGCAUGAGUUGCACGAAGUGGUUCGACGAAACCAACGUAAAGCGAGGCCGCAAACCGAGGGAGGCGCUCUACAUUUCGACGUUAAUCCACAAUGAUGACGAUUUCCACGCCACGAUCGAUAUGCUGCAAGAGGCUGAUGCAGCUGAAAAUGUCCUUGUCCUGAUUGCGCACGACUCGUCUGUGCGAUGGGCGAAAAAUAUGCCAUUCUUCCCAGAGUCGCUUAAUGAUUGGCAAGAACGGGGGCUGGGCAGAUCAUUGCAUUGGUCAUUUGUGGGGGAUAUUAGCCAAGCGCUUGAGGCAUCAGGUAGUGUUGGUUGUUGCGCUUGA